CCAAAACUCCUUUUGAAAUACAAACCUCACUCUUCCAAACCAAAUCCAAAUCCAAAGUCCGUUCAAAACACUCCGAUCCUCCGUCUUCCGUCUUCCUUCUUCCUCUGAAUCGCUAAUUCGCAACUACUGUAACCAAGAUCCGGCCGGCGAAGCCACGAUGUGCUGCUUCGGAAAGGUGUGCAUGCUGUGCACGUGCCUGAUUCUGGUGGUCGUGGCCGUCGGAUUCCUCUUCGGAUUCGGAGUUUUCAAAGACGGAUUUCACAAGAUUAAAGAUAAGGCCGAUUUCUGCGACGGAGGUAUCUGCGGCAGUGGCGGCGGCGGCGGAAGGCCUUUCUUCGCUGCUCCGCCUCCUCGUUUCUAGGUUUUCUCCUCUUCUGUGGAUCUUCGUUUCGAUUUUUUUAUUAUUUAUUUAUUUUUUUUAAUUUAGGGAUAUUAUGUUUAAAUUACGGUUUACACGAUUUUUACUUCUUUUCUACGAUAAAUACUGGUUUAAAUAAAAUUAUUGAAAAAUAGGUUUUAGGA